GCAAAACAAAUUCAGUCAGUGUUCACUUUCGACUGCAAGAGCUCAGCCGAGGACGUUCACCAUGAACAAGCUAAUUCUACUUGCAGGUCUCUGUCUUUCCCUUGGCAGUUUGGUGUCAUCUGCCAGACUGGUGUGUUAUUUCACGAACUGGUCCCAGUACAGACCCGGCAAUGGGAAGUUUAUGCCGUCCGAUGUUGACCCAAAUCUGUGCACCCACCUGAUCUAUGCCUUUGGUGGUAUUAAUUGGGCAAAUGAGUUAGUCACCAUAGAAUGGAAUGAUGACCAACUCUAUAAAUCCUUUAAUGGACUCAAACAGAGGAAUUCAACUCUUAAAACACUGUUGGCAGUUGGCGGCUGGAACUUUGGAACGCAAAAAUUCACAACCAUGGUGUCAACUCAAGCAAACAGAAACAAAUUCAUCCAGUCCUCUAUCAAACUACUAAGACAGUAUGGUUUUGAUGGAUUGGACCUGGACUGGGAAUACCCCGCUUCGAGAGAAAGUCCUCCUGAGGACCGGCAGAGAUUCACUUUGUUAUGCAAGGAACUCCUGGAGGCCUACGAGGCCGAGGGGACAGCGGCCGGCAAACCCAGAUUACUUAUCACUGCUGCUGUGCCUGCUGGGAAAGGAACCAUCGAUAAAGGCUACGAAAUUGCAGAGUUGGCAAAGUACCUGGAUUUUAUCAAUGUGAUGACCUACGAUUUUCAUGGCACCUGGGAAAGGGUGACGGGACAUAACAGCCCGUUGUUCAAAGGGUCCCAUGAAACCGGGGACAAUGCUGAGUUAAAUACUGACUUUGCUAUGAAGUACUGGCGGGACAAGGGAACACCUGUGGAAAAGCUCAAUAUGGGAUUUGCCACAUAUGGGCGAACCUUUCGCCUGUCGUCUCAGUCCAGUGCGGUCGGAGCACCGACCAGUGGUCCCGCAGCUGCUGGUGCUUUCACGAGGGAGGCUGGCUUCUGGUCCUAUUAUGAGAUUUGUACUUUUCUUCAAGGGGCGAGUGUCCAGUUGAUUGAGGACCAGAAAGUUCCCUAUGCCAUUAAAAACAAUGAGUGGGUCGGAUAUGACAACAGAGAAAGUUUUGCGACUAAGGUUCGUUACCUAAAAGAAAACAGUUUUGGAGGAGCCUUUGUCUGGGCUCUGGAUCUGGAUGACUUCCAUGGACAGUUCUGUCGACAAGGAAACUACCCCCUCAUCAAUUAUCUUCGUUCUCUUUUGGCCUCAGAUCUUCCUGCCCUUCCCGCCACAGAAACGCCUCAGACUCAAGUGACUCCAACCAAAGACCCUCCAUACGUUACCCCUCAUCCAAGACCCACAAUCCCCACAAUCCCCACAAUCCCCACAAUCCCCACAAUCCCCACAUCACCCAGUACUCCAGACAACUUCUGUGCUAAAAAGCCCGGAGGGAUUUAUCCCAAACCUGAUGCCCCAGGUUCUUUUUACAAUUGUGCCAACGGCAUCACUUGGAUCCAAAACUGCCCCCCUACUUUAGUCUUCCGCCCGAGCUGCAAGUGUUGUGAUUGGCCCUAAAAGCUUCAACAUUCUUAGUCAUUUCACAUGCUGUGGUUAUUAAUAGUGAGGUUUUAAAAAAUCAUAACCUACAAUUUCAUGUUUUGUGUGAUGUAAAUUUCCAAAAACUAUGCAGGAAUUUACAGUAUACUCAGUAAACAAUCGGUGCACUAUAUAGGGCACAGGAAUGUCACUGACAUUCGGACAGCAUUACAAAAUGCUAACGAUUUUAAUGUCAGUCAAUAUAAAUAAUUAUAUUAUAAUAAGAAUUUGAUUGAGAACUUUGAUUUUGUCAUUAUCUCCUUUUAUUAAAGAAAAAAAUUCUAUGAAUUCAA